AUGGCCGAGGAGGGUCUCCUCAGAAGAAUUUUCACAGCCGUACAGGAGGCACCUGAUGCCACGGCAUUGCUAUGGUACGAGCCAUCAAGCGACGCGCGCAGGGCAAAAAGCUACCAGAGCUACAAGGAGGUCUGGACGGUGGCAUCGCAGGCCGCCGAGGUGCUCCGAUCACUCUCGCAGCACGAGACGGAGACGAACACCGGUGUGGGGGAUGUCUCCCCUCAGCGAGUCGGCCUUAUGCUCGGAGGCGGACCGGCUCUCGCGGUGCUUGAGCUCGCGGUGCUGCUCGCCGGCUUCGCCUUGGUGCCGCUGGAUGCAGAAGAGCCACUGCCUCGUCUGCAGUUCAUCAUGGAGGAUGCAGGACCACUGCUGGCCUUAGUCGUGGCCGAGCCUCAAGUCGAGAAAGCCCAGAUGCUGCUGCAGAAUUCUGGAAGUUCUGGGUAUCCGCAGGCGCAGAGAGGAACAAAUCUUCUUCGAGAUUCCGAGCUUUUGCGAAGCGAGGUGGCUGAGACGUCUGACUGUCGACCGCCAGCUGACGUCGUUGAAGAGCGGAUAUCUCACAUCUUUUUCACGUCGGGAAGUACCGGACGUCCUAAAGGUUGCAUGUGCAGCUUCCACAACUUGAUCACAUACUGCUUGGCGAAGAACACCAUCCACCAGGUCGACAGGUCCAGCAUUGUCUUGGUCGCCAGUGCGCACACUUUCGACCCGUCUCUGGGCGACUUCUUCGCCACGUGGCUGGCAGGUGCCACCGUGGCCUUGGUACCACGGGCGCUUCUGCAGGCAGCGCUCGGUCUGCUCAACACCUAUGGUGUCACGGAGUGCACAGUUUAUCAGGCAGCCGCAGUGCUCACGCCAAAGAGCAGCCCUCGCUUGCUGGGAUCCGCGCUCCCGGGCACAAGGCUGCUGCUUGCAGCUGGCAAAGGCGACGAUCCCACGGCCUGCGUCGAGGACGGUAGCAACGAACACGGCGAGCUGUGGAUCGCUGGUCCACAGGUCGGUCUGGGAUAUGUCAGGCGUCCGGAUCUGACGUCCGAGCGGUUCCGCGACUUCCCAGGACUUGGCCGCUGCUUCCGAAGCGGCGACCUGGCUGCAGCCAGAGAUGGGGGCUGGCAGCUGCUGGGACGCCGCGACGGUAUGGUGAAACUGCGUGGUCGGAGGGUGGAGCUCGGAGAGGUGGAGGAAGUGCUGCUGGCUGCAGCGCCCGAGGUCGUUUCCGCGGCGGCUGCUGUUCUGGCUCAUCCAGGUCCUCGACUUGUUCUGUACUGCGUGCUGCAAGGACAGCAGCCGGCAGACUGCGAAGAAGUGUCCCGUGCACUGCUGCGACGUUUGGGAGAAGAUCGGCUGCCUCCUCACAUGGUCCCAAGUGUGGUAAUUGCGGUGGCAUCGCUCCCUAUGACUGGUACCGGGAAGGUCUCACGCAGGGACUUGGCGCAAAGGGCCUUGCCCGAGGACCCAGAAGAUCAAGCAGACCUGUCUGGGGGCGCAGCUAGCAUUGCUGCCGCCUGGAGCGAGGUGCUUGGAGUCCCAGUUCGAAGCCCAAGGGCACACUUCCUGGCUUUGGGAGGGGACUCCUUGGCUGCGCUGCGCGUGUGCCAGCGCUUGGCCAAGAGGAGUGCAAACGAGCUGGGCUCCUUCGGCGAGCUCUUGCCGGAGCCGUUGCAGCGGCCUCAGACGACCGAUUCACGGCUGCCAGCACAUCUCCUCAGCAGACCGUACUUGGUGGACUACUUGGUGCAUCUUCAGCGGUCGGCAGUUGGAGCAGAUUUCAAGGAACCCGGCUCUGCCGGCUCGGUGUCUGAGACGGGCCAGGCCUCGUAUCAAGAAAUCCUGCAGCAAGCUGCUGGGGUCGGGGCACUUGGCGCAGUUCGAAACAUCCUCCGCCGGAGCGACGUUCAUGAGCCGGCCACAUGUAUUCGCACACCUCUGCAUGCAGCGUGCAUGAACGGCCGCGAUGAGGUGGUUCGGUUGCUGCUGGAAGCUCGAGUCUCCCCGACUUCUGCUGACAAGAACGGCGUCCAACCGAUCCACUUGGCUGCCCAAGGAGGGUCCGAAGAAGUACUCACUCUGCUGAUCACAGCAAGGGCCAAGCUCGAUGCGACAAGCACCGAGAAGCAGACCGUGCUCCACUUCGCGGCAAGAUCUGGUGCUCCCGGAGCUGUUCUGAACCUUCUCAUGGCAGAGCCAGUCACGAGAAAGACGCGCGGUGCCAGAGCCUCCGGUGGAGGCUUCGGCCUGAAGAUCGACGCGAAGGAUGGUUGGGGCAGGUCAGCUCUGCACUGGGCCGUGGUGAAUGGUAACCGUACCGUCGUUCUGAAGCUUCUGGAAGCAGGUGCCGACCGAAAUUUGAGAGAUGCCGCAGGUGAGACGCCUCUGCUGAUCGCCGAGCGCAGGGCACAAUGCCGGGCGCAAGACCGACCUGGAGAUAUGGGCGCCUCUGUCUUCGGAGACAUCGCCACGCUGUUGGGCGGCUCGGCGAGCACGGCAAAAGCAGAGGCAACAGCAUCCGAAAAACAACUGCUGGGCGGACUGCAGGCCGAACACUUGCGGUGCAGGUGA